GUCUGCAAUUGUCAACAAACCUCCAGCUGCCGGUUGACAACUGCCGCGUAUCCAUCAUGAGAGAGGUUCCUAAUGCCCGCGGAAUUGUUGGCCCCAUUUUCCAUUUUUUGUGUUCGAGUAUUAAACCGCAAAUGCAUUUCUCGUCAUCCUCGUUGCGCUUAUGCCGGGCGAUCUCGAAUAAUCGGCAGUUCACACCAUCCCGCUCUUCGUUUACGAUGACCGGCAGCACUGAACGUCGCCCUGAAAAGGUGUAUUUCCCAAACAUCGACGUCGAAAACCUUGAAGAAUAUAGGAUCGGCGGGUACCAUCCUACUGUAAUCGGUGACACUUUCCAUGUGGGCCGCUACGAGGUUGUCCACAAGCUCGGCUUCGGCGGCUACACUCAACGAUCUGGCUCGCUCGAGACCGACACUUACAACGGUACGUCUCGUUGAAGCUCCUGAUCGCGCGCCAAGCUUCACAAAGCAACGAGGCGAAAAUACUUUGUCUCCUGUCCGGCCGUGGGUCCGAGUCAACCCACCCAGGGCGACGCUUCAUUCCACG